AUGAAUCCAUUCAUGUGGGGAAUGCCAGGUAUGGGAGGUAUGGGCGGCUGGGGCGGCAUGGGCGGCAUGGGCGGUGGAAUGGGAGGCGGAGGAUGCGGAUUAAUCAAAAAAACUAAGUCAAUCAAAAUGAAUCCGUUCUUCUGGGGAAAUUGGGGAUGUGCUGGCCAAGGAUGCGGCAAGGAAGAAAUCUGUCCUGGAAAUUGUUUGGAUGCAUUCAGCUGCUGCUAA